GAAUGCGGCAGAAGAAGGGAGCCGACUCUCAGUGGGGGACUCUGGAAGAGAGGGAUACAGAAGGAUUAUCUCUUUAUAUUUCUGGAUUUUUCAUUCUUUGCAUCUUUUGUUUGAGCUUUUUUUUUCUCACUCUGCAUCGCUUUGGUCUCAGUCCUCCUGUCCCUCCUGCUAGGGAUUUUCUCCUUCCUUGCAGUUUAUCCCACUCUGUCCUACAUCUAAAUUUCCCAUCUUGAUUUAUUCUCCUCUUCUUCUGCAAUGGCUACCUGGUGAUGAGCUGCUUCAUCCACCCUAUAGCCUUGUCAUCACCAUCCCUCCUUCUUUUCCCACCUUCAACUUCAUCCCCCAUCACACUUUGAUCUGCCUGACACUUUGCACCUGUCUGUUACUCAUCCACCUCCCCACCUCCGUGUGGUGCCACAAUGCCAGUACUUGAGGGGCUCUGGGGCCCAGAUCUCAGGAUGCGGGACUCUGGUCUUGCCGUCGGGGUUUGUCCAGAUCAGCCUCCCGACUCGCCGGUGUGGGGACCCCUGAGGACUCCUUCCGUUACUUGCGGUGGCCUGUCGCUGGCGCUGGAGCUCCCAGCUCUCAUACGGCAGCUCAGGGAAGCCUGGAGAGCACGCAGGGGAGGCUCCUGCACGCCUGACACUAGUCAAGGCGGCACUUGGGUGGAAGCAGGGAAGGAGGAGGUGGAGGAGGUGAAGAGGGACAUAGAGAACAGCAUUGCACAUCUGGAAGCUGAUGGUAAACUCAGUACGGGACACUCUGGUGUGCUGUUGGCCGAGAGGCGAGGCUCAUACCCACUGAUCAACCUGCGGAUCCUGAAAACAAGUGCCCAGCAGGGAGGGGUGGAGUCUGGCACCAGGAGGAAGGUGAGGCGCCUGCUGAGCUUCCAGAGAUACUGCCACGCCUCCAGGCUGCUGAGGGACCUGGUUCCUCACACCCCCGGCUCAUUGCACCUGCUGGAUGAUGACUACCUGGGACAGGCAGCGCACAUGUUAUCAAGAGUUGGCACGUGGAACUUUGAUAUUUUCCUCUUUGAUCGACUUACAAACGGUAACAGUCUGGUGACUCUGAUGUGCCAUCUCUUCAACAUCUACGGUCUCAUUCACCACUUCCAGCUGGACAUGGUGAAGCUGCACAGGUUUCUUGGCAUGGUGCAGGAGGACUACCAUUCCCAGAAUCCGUAUCACAAUGCUGUUCACGCUGCCGACGUCACUCAAGCCAUGUACUGCUAUCUGAAGGAGCCGAAGCUGGCUGAGCAGCUGACUCCUCUGGACGUCUUCCUGGGUCUGAUGGCGGCGGCGGCUCAUGACGUGGAUCAUCCUGGAGUCAACCAGCCCUUUCUCGUCAAGACCAGACACCAUCUGGCAUCCCUUUACCAGAACACAUCUGUGCUGGAGAGUCACCACUGGAGAUCCACGGUGGGCAUGCUGCGGGAGUCGGGGCUGCUGUCCCACCUGCCUGCCGACCUCUCGCAGGACAUCGAACAGCAGCUGGGCUCUCUCAUCCUGGCUACAGACAUCGGCAGGCAGAACGAGUUCCUGUUGACGUUCAGAGAACAUCUGGACAACCAGGACCUGGACCUUCAAGUGGCUUCACACAGGCACUUCAUCCUGCAGAUUGCUCUGAAGUGUGCAGACGUCUGUAACCCAUGUCGGACGUGGGAACUGAGCAGACAGUGGAGUGAGAGGGUGUGUGAGGAGUUUUACAGGCAAGGUGAGCUGGAGAGGAAGUUUGACUUGGAGAUCAGUCCUCUGUGUGACCAACAAGCAGAUUCUGUCCCAGCUAUUCAAACAGGUUUCAUUUCCUACAUCGUGGAGCCUCUGUUUGAGGAGUGGCAUCGUUUCACCGAACCCAGUCUGCUCAGCCAGACUAUGCUGGGUCACCUGCACAAGAACAAGGCUUGCUGGAGUCGCCUUCGAUACGCACGCGCGCCUUCGGACGCGCAAACUCACCCCUACGCUGAUGAAGCCCAGCCCGAAGGAAAAGAUGCAGAGGAAGAAGACAUUCCUUAAUGUUCCUCUUGUAGGGCGUCAGGGCGUUUCAUCUUCCUCUAUACAUGCAGGAGAGGAGUAUUUAUCCAACUCCGUCUUAAUUCCCCUGCACAUUUCCUCCCACGGUUGGUUGCUCACAGGCUUUGAGGGUGGGAGUUGUGGAAGUUUGGAGUUUGGCUGGGUGACAUGAGAAAUGUCUCCCUCUGCUGGAGCUGGGGAAGACUGUAGCAGUGCAAUGGAGAGGUUUGUGGUGGAGGAGGUGGAUGAUAACCUUAAUAAAUACAUUUUGGCAUGCUUUUCUCAUUAACUGUACUUCAAUUUAACUGAGAAAAGCUGGAUUAGAUUUAUAAAGUUAUAGUUGAUGACAGAAGAGGGGUCAAUACAAGUAAUAUGUUAUGUUUGCACAAUGCUGGAUGAAAAAUGUAGAAAUGAAAAGCCAAAAUUAUAUAUAUAUCAGCUGGACUGUGCUGGAAAAUAUAGAAAAUAUAAAUAUAUAAAUGAUUACAUAGUUCUUAAACUUCAAAAAACAACAGAUAUUAAUCUCUUUUCACAGUUUUUUGUUUUUAUACUGCUUGCAUUCCUGUUGGAGGCUUUUUUCAUACCAGUAUGUCACUAGUCUACUUUUCACUGAAGUGCGUUUUAACUCUCAGCACUGAGCUAGCAUGUCAAGGUACUGUAACUGUAAUUUGUAUCAUGUUUUAUCUGUUCACAACCGACUCAGCUGGUGGGAUUUUAGUUUCACUGACUCACUUUUUUUUUUGUUAAAGAAAAAGAAGGAAAAGUUUUGAAUUGAUCUGAUGAUAUAAGCGAUAUAAUCUGCACAUAUACAUUGAUGUACAACCUCAGCACUUCACAUGCCAAAAAAUGUCAGCAACGUUUUGGUACGUUUACUGGGAUGAGACUUCACGAUGAACUGUCUUACAGCGCCAAACUUCUCACUUGCAGUUCUUGUUUGUUGUUCACACACAUCACUGUAGCAACUUGUUUCCUGGUUGAUCUUUCGCCCAGUUAGAUCAGGUCUCACACCUGGAAAGCAUCGCCAAAGGUGCCAGUGUACUGUUAGGAUAGAUCAAUCUUCACAUUCUUCACUGUAUUGAUUCUAAAGCCCCUUCUCAUUUAAAUGAACUGCAUCCUCUAGUUAAGAACACGUAGUAUAUUCUCAUUUAAUAUAAAACAAUACAUUAUGCAUCGCCUAAAAGCAAUUACAGUGGUGAGGCAGGUCCGGAUUAAGAUGAUGCUUCCUAAAAGAAAAAAGGAAAAAAAAGCAUGCAGCACUAAAUACUAGUUGGUCCAACAAUACAAUGCAUUUUGAGUCACUUUUACCCAAGAUAUUUACAGUUUAGGUUGGAUUGAAGAUCCAUGUCUGAUACGGUCGACACUGUUCACAGCGUUUACAGACCUGCGUCUCAGGUCCCGACUGAGAAGAGCUUUAUGAUUCCAACAACCCAGCCAACUCGAACUCUGCAUUCUGCUGGGUAAUUUAUGAUAAAAUGGGGAGAAGUGGUGUUCACAAAAAGUGUAAAGCAAAUAGUAACACGAGGAUUUCUGUGAUAGAUUUUUCUAAAAUUGUUCAAACUGUGAUCUCUGCCUUUUUCUACGAAGUGCAGUGCAAUAAUGUUUCCGAGGCCACAUUCAUUUCUAUCUACAACUGGGCCAGUGAACCAUGUGAAUCUUUUAUACGCCUUCGCUGGAGCUCUCCGUCGGCCUUUGGCCGCCUCUGAGUGAGCCGCACUGCUGUCACUGUUUUGAUAGAUCAGACUGUUUUUGCAAAACCUGAAUUCGCUGGCAGUUUUACGUCUCAAAGAUGCAAACUCGCCUCUUGAUUCCCAUGACGAGGAAGGUAACGAGCUGACUUGCUCUUAUUGCUUUAACAACUUUUCUUUUUCCUUUAAACUAUGAACUGAGAGUACAGUAAGUCAUCUCUAUAUAUGUUUAUACGACCUAGAAAGUGCUGUAUUUUAUUUUAUGUGAGUCAUCUGUCAACUUUCAGUGCAGAUCUGGUGGAAGCAGCAGGCCCCGGUCUGCCUUGUAUUUGAAUACCUCUCAGAAUUAACUCUGUUACAGGGUAACCCAGCCAUACAGGUUUUACUAAGUAGUACAAAUGUGUGCUGUGUAUCUAUGCGCCACAGUAACUUACCAUAAGAGUUUAACUAGUCCAGUUACGCCUGCAAAUGUUAAGAUUUCAUAGCAAAACUCGAACAAUCAAAUCCAGCUUUGUGUAUGCUUUAUACACAUUCUGCCAAUGUGAUCGGACACAGUGAAAAUAAAAAUAUUGAUACAUAAAUGUAAAUGUUUCUGUCAUGUAUCAAGU